AUGGCUCUACUUAUCCGGCAAGUACUAGUGCUCGUUCAGAAAAACCUCCUUAUUGCAGCAGUCAGACGUCCGAUCUCGACCCUGCUGAGGGCACUAAUUUUCCCUCUCGCCCUUGUCUUGCUGGUCACUUAUGCACAGUAUUUCUUCAAUCCACCACAACAAUUCGGCAUAGGUACAGCCACUCCCAUCCUCUCCUUCUCAGAGGCGCUUUCUCGGUCCAGUCCGUCAAGAAACACCAUUGCCAUCAUCGUCGAUGCGUACGCAAGCGAUGACAUGCUAAAGGUCGUCAAAUCACUGUCUGACGAAGUACAACGUGCUCCUGGCAAGCAGUUAUUUCAAGCCUCUGACGAGACACUUUUGUCGGACAAGUGCGAGGCUUCUGUACGCGGCACAUCCAAAUGCUACGGCGCUGUUGUUUUCCACUCCAGCCCAAAUUUCCCCCAAUCAGGGGGAAAUUGGAAUUACACGCUAAGGGCAGACUCCUCGUUAGGCAAGACCUUUGAUGUCACACGGCAGAAGAACGAUGCUCAGAUUUACCUUAUGCCGUUUCAACAAGCGAUUGAUCAUGCUAUUACUACACAGACACCAGAAUACCAUGGAAGAGACCUUUCCACCGUCACUCAGUAUCCCUUCACCACAGUCUCGGAGGAGCAACGAGAGAGUGACACCCGCCAGAGCUACCUACAAUCUGGCAUUAGCUACUUUGGCGUCGUCUACUUCCUGGGUAUGGUUGGCGUAGUCUAUCAACUUACAGGCCUUAUUGCCUACGAGCGGGAAUCCGGCCUUGCGCAAUUGGUUGAAGCAAUGAUGCCAAAUACCCAGCGGUGGCUACCUCAGGUCCUACGCCUGUUCACCUACCAUUUCAGCUUCUCCAUCCUCUACUUCCCAAGCUGGCUGGCUAUUGGUAUCAUCCUUGCUGCGAAGGUCUUCACAUUCACGGACCCGGCAAUUACGAUCGUGUAUCAUAUUCUCGCAGGUCUCGCAUUAUGCUCAUUUUCCAUCUUUGGCGCGGUCUUCUUUAAGAGAGCUCAAUUAAGCGGUAUCUGCGUGGUGGUGGUCGUGGUGGUCCUUGCGAUCAUUCCACAGGUGCUAUCGGACCCUAAGCAGACGCCAGCAACAGUCUUUGCUCUUAGUCUGUUCUUUCCGUCGUCCAAUUACACAUACUUCUUGGUAUUCAUCCUGAGAUGGGAGUACAAGAAUCUGGGAGCAAAGCUAGAUGCUUCGGCCCCAGACAGCCCGUGGAAGCUUCAUGGAUCUAAUUUUUGGAUAUUUCUGGUCCUUCAAAUAAUAGUGUAUCCUCUCGCUGCUGUGGGUAUCGAGCGCGCUAUUUUCGCUACGUCAAGCAACAGACGUAUCUUGCAUAAAGGUCACCGGGGGCUCGACGCUACUGUACAAUUAAGGGAUUUCAGUAAGACUUACAAACCCAGUCUAUUCGCUCGACUAUUCACGAGUGAGAGGAAGCAAGUGGAUGCUGUUCGGAAUCUGGACCUCUCCGCUCGUCAAGGGCAGAUUCUCAUGCUACUUGGCCCGAAUGGUUCCGGCAAAUCGACUACCCUAGACGCAAUUGCGGGUCUCAGCAAAGUGAGCAACGGCCAGAUCGAGGUAGAUGGAUCUGGUGGUUUGGGUGUCACGCCACAGAAGAAUAUCCUCUGGGAUGACUUGACUGUUAGAGAACACGUAAAAAUUUUUCACAAUCUAAAAGCCACAGAUUCUCGCGGUACAGAAGCCGAUGUACGAGCAAUGUUAAACGAUUGCGAUAUUGAUAGCAAGGCUGCCGCCAAGUCGAAGACCUUAUCUGGCGGCCAGAAGCGCAAGGUACAACUCGCUAUGAUGUUUGCAGGUGGAAGCGCAGUCUGCUGUGUUGAUGAAGUCUCCUCGGGACUAGAUCCAUUGUCUCGUAGGAAGAUCUGGGACAUCCUUCUUGCCCAACGAUCAUCAAGGACUAUUAUCAUGACUACGCAUUUCCUCGACGAAGCGGACUUCCUGUCGGACCACAUAGCUAUCCUCUCGAAAGGUACACUGAAAGCUGAGGGAUCUAGUGCGGAGCUUAAGCAACGUUACGGGAACGGCUACGUUAUUGAGACCGUUCAACCCCUGCAACAAGGUCGAGGAAAUCUCGCAUCUGACAGACAGAAGAAAAGUCACGCGACUCAAACCCUUCAUGCUAGAGACGCUGCAGAAGCCGCAAACCUCGUCGACAAUCUAAGCAGUCAUGGACACCACGACUGCAAAAUAUCUGGUCCAACCCUCGAAGAUGUAUUUUUGCGAUUAGCAGGCUCAUCACUAGUCACUCUAACAUCGUCGGAUCCAAAUGCAAAAGGAUCUCACCAACGCGAUUCCGGUCAUCAGAAAUCACAAGAAGUAAUCGUCAACGUAGAUGAACUCCAAGACAUCAAUCUACACAACGGCAGCCAUGUUCACGCAAGCAAGCAAAUGUGGCUGCUUUUUAUCAAACGUCUACUAGUCUUUCGAAGGAAGUGGGGUCCUCAUUUGAGUGCUCUGAUUGUGGCUCUCAUCGGUGCCGGCGUGUCGCCCCUGCUACUACACUACUUUAACCCUAUGAACUGUGCCGUAAGCGAAAAGACAAAGGAGUAUGCCCCUCCCUCUGCAGGAUACUUAUCGUCUUUCGCUACGCUAUAUGAACCCAAUGCAGUUGGAGGCCCGCCAUCUCCUGGAUAUAGCCAAUCACUGUCCCGCAUUAACGAUCUUUAUCCUUCGGUCUAUACUAGAAGAGGUCAACCUGACCCAACGAUUUUCCAGAAUCUCUACAAUGUUAGCAGUCUUCAGGAUUUUAACGCACGCGUCGCCGAGCAAAGACAGAACUUAGAUGGCGGCGGCUUCUGGCUUGGGGAUGCUACGUCUGCUCCAGUCAUUGCGUGGAACGCUUACUCGGCAUCGUUGUUCAAAUCAGUCGUAACGCAGAACGUCAUGAAUAAUCUUCUGAGCAACAUUGGCAUCGUCACGACAUACUCUGAUUUCGUCUUGCCACUUGAGCCCGACACUUACGCAUUCAGCGCCUUGCUAUUCUCGAUCUACUUCUGUCUCGUCUUUGCCAUCUACCCAGCAUUCUACGCUUUGUACCCAACAGUCGAGCGGCUCCGCCAAGCACGCGCUCUACAGUAUUCCAAUGGCGUGAAGUCAAAGCCCAUGUGGCUAGCCUAUUUCGCUUUCGACUCCCUUCACGUGAUCGUCAUCAGCGUAAUAUCUACCGCGCUACUUUCACUUGGCACGAAGCACUGGAUUCACCUCGGCUAUAUCUUCGUCGUUCUCGUGCUCUACGGUUUCGCUUCUACAAUUCUAGGAUAUCUAAUAUCGAUGUUCGCCAAGUCACAGCUGGCUGCCUGGGCGCUUUGUGCCAGUGGUCAAGUGGUUAUGUGCCUGGCUUACUUUGGCGCUUAUCUAGGUGUUCAGACUAGGACUGGCAUUGCAGACUUGAGUACGACGCUGGGAAAGGUUCAAAACUCUAUCGGCUUUAUCUCGCCUGUCGCUAAUCUCCAGCGAGCGGUGUUUGUCGCCUUGAAUCAGUUCUUGAUUGAUUGUGGCAAACUAGAUUCUCCUGGAGCGUUUGAGCUCUACGGCGGACCCAUAUUCUACCUGAUCUUGCAGUGUUUGAUUCUUUUCGCUAUCCUUUUUCUCUGGGACUCAGGGUUCUCGCCGCGUAUGCUCUUCAAACGUUACAGCAAGCAGCGUCAUGCUGAAGAUGCGGUUGCAGGUAGCGUGUCACAGUCGAUGGAGCUUCGUACUCUAGGGGAGAAAAUGACAGGUCUUCGCGUGACAAACCUGUCCAAAUCGUUUGGCCGUAAUGUUGCCGUCGAUGAUGUGUCUUUUGAUAUCAAGCAGUCUGAAGUAUUCGCGCUGCUAGGUCCUAACGGCGCUGGAAAAUCAACCGCCAUCUCCCUCAUCAGAGGCGACAUCCGCCCCUCCAGCUCUCUCAGCGCCGUUCAUGUCGACAACAUCUCCCUUUUCACCCACCGCGACAAAACCCGAGCCCAUCUAGGCGUCUGCCCCCAAUUCGACGCCACCGACGUUCUCAGCGUCUACGAACACAUCAAAUUCUACGCCCAAAUCCGCGGCGUCUCCUCCCCAACCCACAACGCCAACGAACUCAUCCGCGUCUUCGGCCUCGAGCCCUACCGCCACCAACUCGCCUACAAACUCUCCGGCGGCACAAAGCGCAAAUUAUCCCUCGCGAUAGCCAUGGCCGGCAACCCCUCCGUCCUCCUCCUCGACGAGCCCUCCAGUGGCCUUGACGCAGCUAGCAAACGCGCCAUGUGGAAGACUCUAGCGGCCGUCUCCGCGGGUCGGAGUAUUCUGCUCACGACGCACAGCAUGGAAGAAGCAGACGCGCUGGCUGAUCGCGCGGGUAUCAUGUCCGGCCGCAUUCUCGCGAUGGACACGUGCGAUGCGCUGAGGAGGCGAUGGGGUGAUGUUUACCAUGUCCAUCUGGUGACGAACAGCGCACCGUACACGGGUGUGGAGGAGAUGAAAAAAUUGAAGAUGUGGGUGCGCACGCACUUUGAGGGCGCCAGACUGGAUGAGAAGACGUAUUGUGGGCAAUUACGGUUUUCGGUGCCCGCGCGUAGGGGUAUCGGUGGUUUGGAGGGAGGUGAGAAUGAGGGUGGUGGCGUGGCGAAUUUGUUUAGGACUCUUGAGAGUAAUAAGGCGGCGUUGGGGGUGAAGUUUUACUCGGUGGGCGAGACGUCGCUGGAUCAGGUUUUUGUUAAUGUGGUGAGGGAGCAUGGGGGGAUGGAGGAGGGUGACGUGGGUCAUGAAGGCAAGAAGAAGUGGCUUAGGUGGUGGUAG